UCUGUUUUGGUAUCAUGUCGCAUUAUAAAAAAUUAGAAAAAUUAUUCAGCAAUCAAUGAAUUACGACUUAUUAAUAGUCUGCUUUUGAAAAUUUAAAACGAAGGAUAUACCAUAAGAAGUUUCAGCCAUGAAUACGACAGCACCAACAUCGGCAGAUGCAUGCCUCAGCAUUGUGCAUUCACUGAUGUGCCACCGUCAAGGUGGUGAGAGCGAAGGAUUUUCUAAACGAGCCAUUGAAUCUCUGGUCAAGAAGUUGAAAGAAAAACGAGAUGAGCUUGACUCUUUGAUCACAGCUAUAACUACAAAUGGUGCACAUCCUAGUAAAUGUGUUACUAUACAGAGGACUUUAGAUGGGAGAUUACAGGUUGCUGGUCGGAAAGGAUUUCCUCAUGUAAUUUAUGCUCGAAUAUGGAGGUGGCCAGAUUUACAUAAAAAUGAACUGAAACAUGUUAAAUUUUGUCAAUUUGCAUUUGAUUUAAAGUGUGACUCUGUGUGUGUUAAUCCAUACCACUAUGAAAGAGUUGUUUCUCCUGGUAUAGAUUUAUCCGGCUUGUCCCUUCAAUCUGGACCCAGUAGAUUAGUAAAGGACGAGUACACGGCUGGUCUAGGUGGUAACGGUAUGGACAUGGAUACUGGUGAGAUGGUUACCAUACAGCAUCAUGCGACAAGUCCUAGACACCACCAUUCGACAAUACAACAUCACCAUCAACAGUUUCAAACAACUAAUAUUAUUAUGAAUCAAGGACAGACGCCCGAUGGCGUUCCGAGCAUGUUUUCACCGACCCACGGGCCUCGGACGCCGAUCCGGCCUUCGGGUGGUCCACCCCAGUUACCACCGCCGCCUUCCAUGGGACACUCGCCGAGCGCACAAAUGAUGCAAAAUCACACGGGACAAAUGCCCACACCGCAGAUGGUACCGGGGGCCUCACAACUACGAUCAGGAACGCCCCAAAUGGGACCCGCUACGCCACAAAUGGUCCCCGGAACACCACAGAUGGUGCCUGGUAAUCCGCAAAUGGUACCGAACACCCCGCAAAUGGGGCCGGGCACACCGCAGAUGGGUCCCAGUACUCCGCAAAUGGGUCCGGGCACGCCACAGAUGGGACCCGGUACACCUCAGAUGGGUCCGGGUACACCUCAGAUGGGAUCAAAUGUACCUCAAAUGGCUUCGCCGAGAAUCGCUUCGGCCCCCACGCAGAUGUCUCCGGGGACCCCCCAGAUGCCUUCGAUUAGUCAGGGAAUGUCCAUACCGAGCCCGCAACAAAUGGUGAUGCAGCAAAGAGCCAUAGCCCCUAAGCUGGAGCCACCCGACACCAUGGACGCCCGAGCUAUGUGGCUGCCAAAAAGAAUGAAUCAUUCUGGCACAAUUUCACCGAUAACCGGUGAGGGUACACAACAGAACGGGUUUGCUGCGACCAGUCCAGCACCGCAACCUAGUCCUCUUCAGCACCAGAGCCAACCACAGCCACCUCAGCAGCAACAACAACAACAGCAGCAGCAGGGAACGUGGACGGGUAACAACACGCUGACGUACACGCAGAGCCUGGCCCCGCCCCCCGCCGCGCCGCCCUUGCCCCUCGACGCCCCCGCACAUCACCACCACUACUUCAAUGGCAACCCCGGUGGCUUACUCUCAAGUCAACCAGCGCCCGAAUACUGGUGCUCUGUUGCGUAUUUUGAACUUGACACACAAGUAGGAGAAACAUUCAAAGUACCUUCCAGUAGACCCAAUGUUACUGUGGACGGUUACGUUGAUCCUUCAGGUGGGAACAGGUUCUGUUUAGGUGCUCUCAGUAAUGUCCACAGAACGGAACAAAGUGAACGGGCAAGACUACACAUAGGCAAGGGCGUUCAGUUAGAUUUGCGCGGCGAGGGUGACGUAUGGCUCCGAUGUUUGUCGGAUCAUUCGGUCUUCGUACAAUCAUAUUAUUUGGAUCGGGAGGCUGGCAGAGCGCCCGGGGAUGCUGUUCACAAGAUAUACCCAUCGGCAUGUAUAAAGGUGUUCGACUUGAGGCAGUGCCACCGACAGAUGCAGUCGCAGGCCGCCACCGCGCAGGCCGCCGCCGCCGCGCAGGCCGCCGCCGUCGCCGGACACAUCCAGCCGCAACACCCCACCAUGAAUAAGUGUCUAACUGCGGCCGCCGGUAUAGGAGUGGACGAUUUGCGACGUCUGUGUAUCGUGAGGCUCUCGUUUGUGAAGGGUUGGGGCCCUGAUUACCCUCGAACCUCGAUCAAGGAGACGCCUUGCUGGGUUGAAGUGCAUUUACAUAGAGCACUUCAGCUCCUCGACGAGGUACUGCACACGAUGCCCAUCGACGGUCCCCGGUCGACCAUCGAGUAGGAGUUGAUCGGCUUCUUUUGAGGCCUUCGAGCGAAUGUCGCGCAACUGUCGCGCGACUCAAAUGUGCAAGUUUGUUUCCGGACGACUUUGUGUCGCGUUCACGUGUAAUGGAAUAUAAAGUGUUGGUGUUGUGAGAUGUACAGUUUUGUGAUCGUUGAAAACCGUUUAGUGUUGGUUUAAUUUUGUUGCGUUUUUGUUUUUUUUAUUGAGGUGUGUUACAACGGAAAUUGUAUGCAUCGUAAUGUGAAGUUUUUACGGUUUGAGUAAAUCUCUUAAAUUACCAAGUGCAUACAUACAGCGUGUUGCAUAGCAAUAGAAAUGUCAAUUAAACAGACGCAGAGGAACGUUGAAAAGAUAAAUGUGAGUAAUACACCAUUCUGAUACAAUAAUAACAAGUUAGUUGCCAUAUUAAUUGUUGUUGAUUUAUUUAUUUUGUAUUUUUUUAUAAUUCGUUUUCGGCUCUGUCUUCCAAAAUUCGAUUAUUUUAAUUGUUUGUCUUCCUUCAAAAUUUAUUUGUAAAAUUAUUAUUUGGAAAUUUUCGAAGUAUCUGUUGGAUCAUGAAAUGGUUGAAAGUAUAAAGAUUAUAUACAUUAAAAGCUGACAAUUUAAAAAUAUAUAAAUAUAUAUUUUUUUCCAAUACUUUCGUUAUUACUAUGACACUAAAGUUCAAAAUAAAAAUAAAGGGCACAGCUUAUAUUAAAGGAAAGAGUUAUAUUGUUAUCGAAUACAAAACGGUGUAAUUAUUAUGCAUAUAAUGUAAGAAGGCUCUAGAAUGUAUUAAAUGUUAUGAAACAAACUUUGCACAGUAAAGUAGGGAUUUAUCGCUCGCGUUUAUGUAAAAAAGGUGAACUUAUAUUUAUGUCUUGUAUUUAUUUAUACUAAGUAAACAUUUUGGCUGUAUUGAUAAAUAACAUAGAAAUCAGAGAAUACAAGUAUUGAUGACCAAAAAAUAAAGUAAUUCGUGAAUUUGGGCUCAAUGGGGCUUUUGGUGGGUGGCGCAUUUACAUUGUACAUGUCCGUGGGCUCCAGUAACCACUUAACACCAGGUGGGCUGUGAGCUCGUCCACCCAUCUAAGCAAUAAAAAAAAGGAGUAAUAAUAUUGCAUACAUUAAUUGUUACACAUUACUGAAAAAAAGUGAGUUAAUAAUGAAAUUGCCCGUAACUAAAUUGAACAAACAAUAUAUUAUUGGGGUGCAACUUUAAUAAUAAUAUAGGUGAUCAGAGAUCAUAUAUUUUUCACAAGCAAAUAUAAUUUUAUAUCAUAAAAUAGUGUAUACUGGAUUUGAGAAUGAAUAUAUUAAUGAAGCAACAAAGAAAGAUAAACAUAGAAAAAAGGAAUAAGGUUAAUAUUUUUUUACAUUUGAAAACUGGAACCGUGAUGCUUUGUAAAUACCUCAAUGAUUCAUACAUAGUUCACACUAGAAAACUAAUGAUUAUUGUAUACUACAGUAUCUAUGCUCAAAUAUUACAAACAUAUGUUGUAGAUAUUUAUUCAAAUAUUAUUCAUAUUUUUAAACUUCAAGAAGAAUUUAUUAAGGAAACCAAAAUAUUGCAUUUUUAAUAUUAGAAUACUUUUACAACAAUUAAAUAUGACAAGACAUAAUUAUGGUUCAACUUGAAAGAAGCCAAAUAAGAAUUAGCUUUUCGUAUGGUAUAAGCUAAUUUAGGACGUAUAAUUUAUGUUUAGUGAUGUAAUGUGUCGAUUUUGGAGUGUGUUAUCGAUACGCGCGCUGAGGCAAGGCUGUAUUUUUGUUAGCGCGAUGUGCCUAGUUAGUGGAGUUGCAUGAAUCUAAUCGAUUUUGUUUAUCGAUAUUCAAUUCACAUUCAUAUUUUUUUAAUUGGAUUUAUAGUAAAUUGCAAUGAAUACUUUCAUAUUUAUAAUUUACUUUGUAAUAGUCAUGGUUUUACAGAGAAAUCCACAAUAAUGGGUACUAAAAGUUCAUGCAAUUUCGCUAAAUUGUUUUUCUUUCUAUGAUCUGUGAUGUGCUAACAAAACGUGUUAGUUAUGUAUAGUUGGCGCGUAAGCGAAGAAUGGCUAUAAAUUAUUGUGUGUGCUAAGAAAAUUGAAAAGGAAUGCGUUUCGUUUUUCUCAUUGGAGAAAAACGAACUCUCAUGCUUUUCAAUUAAUACAUUUAGGCGUUAAAUAGUUUAAGAAUAAAAUGACAUAUUUUUGUGUACGAAUCCCGCUGUAGGAUAUGUGAAAUGUUAUGAUGCAGCUAUUACACUUUCAUGUUCGGUCAAACGGAACAACACAAUAUUGUCAGAUUAAUUAAUAAUUAAUAUUUCAUUGAUAUAUAUUGAUAUAUAUAUAUUGAAUCAAUAAUAAAUAUUAAUUAAUAAUAAAUAAAUUAAUAAUUAUCGUUUAGAAAGAGACAUACAGAAGAAAGAGACGGAUAUAUCGAAGCAAACAACGUCAUCAUAAAAAUUAUUUGAUCCAUUUAUGCAAUGAUAUUUUUGUAUUAAAAUCGUUUGUCGUACAUUCGUCUCUUUGUUCGUUGGUGUUAAAAAAAUCAAUCAAAUUAAUCUCUUAAUAGCUAUUUGUUAAUGCAACUUGAGAUAUAUUGUAACUAUACUGAGACCUUAGAACUCAUAUCUCAAGG